CUAUUCUCUUUCUGCAGGGUCGAGUGAACUUUAGGCCCUUGGGACUGACCAUUUUUAUUAGUGUUUAUAAGACUUGAUACUAAGGACACAAUUAAGUUGUUUUAUAUUUGGCAUAAAGUUAAUUCACGUUCUGUUUAGAUUUAGCCCUCAAUCAAAAUAAUGGUACAGUCCCACGGUAGCUCCUCCCCCUACCACCAUUCCGACGCUCGAGGCUCAUUGGCGUCUUCAGCACUGUCGUCAUCACGUGGCUCCGGAGGUACAACCACUCCCGAGUUCACGCCUUUCGAGCCUCCCGCUGGGCCUCCGCUGUUGCUAAGCGCCCUUGGAUGCUUGGCUGCGGGAUGCUGGACCGUGUUAGGUGAAGAUGGUGGUUCCUGGGCCUCAGGUAACCAUGGAGAAAGAGCUUCGGAGCACCAUUCUUUUCAAUGUGUACAAAAAGGAAGUCUUUACCACCACCAAUGGCUAUAAAUCCAUGCAGAAGCGGCUUCGGAGCAACUGGAAAAUUCAGAGCUUAAAAGAUGAAAUCACAUCCGAGAAGUUAAUUGGGGUGAAACUGUGGAUUACAUCUGGGCCAAGGGAAAAAUUCACUGCAGCCGAGUUUGAGGUCCUGAAGAAAUACCUGGACGGCGGUGGAGAUAUCCUGGUGAUGCUAGGAGAGGGUGGGGAGUCCAGAUUCGACACCAAUAUCAACUUUCUCCUAGAGGAGUAUGGAAUCAUGGUUAAUAGUGAUGCUGUGGUUAGAAAUGUAUAUUAUAAGUAUUUCCAUCCUAAAGAAGCGCUGGUUUCCAAUGGAGUGUUAAAUAGGGAAAUGAGCCGAGCUGCAGGGAAGAUGGUGCCUGGCAUCCUGGACGAGGAGAGCGGCGGGAACGACGCCCAGGCCCUCACCUUUGUGUACCCCUUCGGUGCCACGCUGAGUGUCAUGAAGCCUGCAGUGGCUGUUCUGUCCACAGGCUCCGUCUGUUUCCCGCUCAACAGACCCAUCCUGGCCUUCUAUCACUCCAAGAACCAAGGUGGGAAGCUGGCAGUGCUCGGCUCAUGUCACAUGUUUAGUGACCAAUACUUGGAUAAAGAAGAAAACAGCAAACUCAUGGAUGUUGUUUUCCAGUGGCUUACAACAGAAGACAUUCACCUAAACCAGAUCGAUGCAGAGGACCCAGAGAUCUCCGACUACAUGAUGCUGCCCGACACAGCCAGCCUGUCGGAGCGGCUGCGGGUGUGUCUCCAGGAGGGCGAGGAGAACCCCCGGGACUUCACCACCCUCUUCGACCUGUCCAUUUACCAGCUGGAUAUCACCUCCCUCACCAAGGUCAUCAAGGCCUAUGAACAGCUAAACGUGAAACAUGAGCCUCUGCAGCUCAUCCAGCCUCAGUUUGAGACGCCGCUGCCAGCCCUUCAGCCAGCGGUUUUCCCUCCCAGCUUCAGGGAGUUGCCCCCUCCUCCGCUGGAGCUGUUUGACCUGGACGAGACCUUCUCCUCUGAGAAGGCGCGGCUCGCUCAGAUCACCAAUAAGUGUACUGAAGAAGACCUAGAAUUCUACGUCAGGAAGUGUGGUGACAUUCUCGGAGUAACCAGUAAACUCCCAAAGGAUCAACAAGAUGCCAAACAUAUCCUUGAGCACAUCUUCUUCCAAGUGGUGGAGUUCAAGAAGUUGAACCAGGAACAUGACAUUGAUACAAGUGAAACCGCACUCCAGGAUAACUUCUGAGGACCCUGCCUCUUGAAGCAUUUUCUGCCUCCUGAUUUGUUAGCUGUUUUUCAACUGUUCCUCAGCCCCUUUAUCAAAGUUGUCUCUCUCUCCUUUCUACUGGGAGCUGUGUGAGGUCUGUAUAUCUUUUGUAGUCCCCAGAUAGGUAAAACAUUUCUCACAAGAUCCUUCUGUAAGAUAUGUUCCCUUUUUUCUAAAUUAAAUCUGAUCGAAUCUGUUACUUUUUAUAAUAUAUGAAAUAGUGUUU